GUCGAACAUAUUCCCGUUCAUACACGUAGAGUGGACGAUGACGUAAUCGUUUUGGGUGUGUGCUAAAUGGGACGACCUCCAAAGAAAAACACUCGCAGCAGACGUGUCCCUGCGUUUAAGUGAAAAUUAGCCGAUCAGAGCCUGCUGGAGACACAAUGGCCUCAUCCACCCCUCUAUCCAAGGCCAACACCAGCUUCUCUCUGGAGCUGCUCAGAAAGCUGAGUGAAGACAACUCAACUGCAAACAUCUUCUUCUCUCCUUUCAGCAUCUCUUCAGCUCUGGCUAUGGUGAUGCUGGGAGCCAGAGGAGACACGGCCACACAGAUAUCAGAGUGUUUAAAAACUCAGGACUGCCGGGAUGAUGUCCACUCUCAGUUUGACAAACUGCUGGGAGAGCUCAACAAGCCAGGUGCUCCUUUUGCCCUCAGCGUGGCUAACAGGCUGUUUGGAGACCAGUCCUACCAGUUCCUUCAGGAGUUUUUAACACAAACCAGGGCAAACUACAAAUCUGAGCUGGAGUCUGUGGACUUCAGAACUAAAUAUGAGGAAACCAGAAAUGAGAUCAACAGCUGGGUGGAGAAGCAGACACAAGGUAAAAUCAAGGGUAUCAUAGCUAAGGGUGAGCUGAACAACAUGACCAGGCUGGUACUGGUCAACGCCAUCUACUUCAAAGGAACCUGGGAUGAACCGUUUCUGAAAAUGUCAACUUAUAAUGGCCAAUUUUGGCUCAACAAGAGCAUCACAAAACCAGUAAAGAUGAUGUCCCAGUACUCCUUCUUUCCUCUUGGCUUCAUUCCUGAAGUCAGCUGUCAGGUCCUGGAGUUGCCUUACAAAGGGAAGGAACUGAGCAUGCUCAUCCUUUUACCUGAGAAGAUAGACGAUGAUACAACAGGUCUGGAGCAGCUGGAGAAGCACUUGACCUAUGAGAAGUUCAUGGAGUGGACUCAUCCAGGAAAGAUGCACACAUGUAAAGUUGACAUGAACCUACCUCGAUUCAGACUUGAGGAGACGUACGAACUGAAUGAAGUCCUGACCUGCAUGGGUGUGGUGGAUGCUUUUGCUGCGUCAAAAUGUGACUUCUCUGGUAUGUCGAGCAACAAAGAGCUCUUUCUGUCCAAAGUCUCCCACAAGGCCUUUGUGGAAGUAAAUGAGGAGGGAACUGAAGCUGCUGCUGCCACUAGCAUCUCUAAAAUGUUUGUUUGUCGUAGACAAAUGUUCAGAGCAGACCAUCCUUUCCUUUUCUUCAUCCGCCAUAACCCCACCAUGAGUGUUCUGUUUGCCGGACGCUUCUGCUCCCCUGAGUGAGAGGUGUCUGGACAUGGACUGUUAUAGUGAUGAACAUCAGUAUUUGAACACCCUGCGGUCAUACAAUGGGAUUUCCUGAUUAUUUUAAAUGCUUUCUCUUACAAUAGGAAAACACCUAAUGUGAGUUUAAGACCCCCUAAAAAUUUCUUAGUUAGAACUUGCAAAAUUGCUGGGUGUUUGAAUAUGUAUGUUCCUCGCCAUAUGGUGGAACAGGUUUAUUAUACUUCACAGAAAGCUACUGUUUCUUCUACAAACUAGUGAUUUUCUUCAUAUCCAUAUUAACCAGUUUGUUGUUUUCUGUGAUUCUUUUGUAAAAUAUCUGAUGAAGGGCGCUAAUCCAGUUUAGUCCAACGCCAAAGGCUUACUGACUGCACCACCAACACCAAGUCCUAGGAAGAAGGAGGUCCAGUCAUUGAGUUCUUUGCAACAUUUUGUUUUAUUUUUUAAAUUAAUUUGGAAACUCAACAAUUAUUUUUAUGCAAAUAAUGUCUUACUUAAUAUUGUAUGUGUGUCAAUAAAAUAAUGAAAAUUCAAAA